UUUUUAAUCUUUUUUUUAUCUAGCAAAGCUUCAAAUCAAAUCUCGUCAUCUUCUUACCCACCUUUCACUCACAACUUGGUGAACAACUUACUAGGAGAAGUGAACGCUGUCGCGACUUGCCUAUUACAACAAUUGGAAUAUAAAUAAUAUUGUCGAAACUUUUGCUAUCGCAUCUUAAUCGCUAUGUCCUUUUGGGGUGCCCUUACUGGACGGAAGUCCUCCUCUUCUUCUUCGGCCGAUGCAGGCUCUGCGCCUACGCCAACACCCACCGACACUUUCACCCCGACUCCCUUUAACCCAGCAGAAGCACAAGGCAUCGAUUCCUUCUUGAAGAGUUCCGAGUUUGCCGACCCAUCUCUUUUACAUCCUCUCGCCGGCCUAGACAAGGAAAGUUUAGAGUACUUAAGCCUAGAGGAUUCGGCUCUGUCAGACCUUCCCGGCGCGCAAUCUGCCAUCCCUUCCCGAGGCUUCAGCGACGACUUGUGUUAUGGAACUGGUAUCACAUAUCUUUCAGCACUGACAUUGGGAGGUGCCUGGGGACUCCAAGAAGGAUUAAGAAGAUCUGCUGGUCAACCACCGAAGCUUCGUCUGAACUCGGUUCUAAACGCUGUUACACGAAGAGGCCCGUUCCUCGGCAACUCUGCGGGUGUCAUCGCAAUCACCUACAACUGCUUUAACUCAGGCAUCGGAUACAUCAGGGGGAAACACGACUCGGCGAAUACUAUUGCAGCAGGAGCUUUGAGUGGCAUGAUAUUCAAGAGCACAAGAGGACUGCGGCCAAUGCUGAUAUCCGGAGGUAUUGUGGCUUCCGCCGCAGGAGCAUGGGCGAUAUCUAGGAAGGUUCUGCUCUUGUCCUCGGAGGAUCAGAGACACGAGCAACACCUUUAAAUCCAACAGCAUUUGCUAGUUUAACGUAUAAACGAACUAUCAGCUCAAACAAGGAAAUUGAGGAUGGGGGUGUUGUAUGAUAGUGGGCCCCGAAACGAGGCCCCGCGCCAUACGAUACUUCGAUGUAAUUUUGUGAAUAAAAUCCACUACUUGGUUAGUGGUGAACGAUGGAUGAUCUCUCCUCUAGCUGGACAAAGUGUAUGAAAUAGGCGGUUAAGCAUAGAAAGCAUCCACGGACGUGGGUGGAUAGGCGUUCAUGUCAGCUACGGCACGGAAUUGAUUUUAAAAUUUUAACGAGCCUCAGUCCGUUUGUAUCAAGGCCACGACGUUAUGUAUGACAUCUGGACCUUGAGGAUUGUGUACCUGAGGGGAGGAGGAAUUAAAAUAUUAGAGGCGUUGGGGCUGCCCAUCGACAGCUACCAUCCAUGUGUACCUUAGGUACGAUUCAAGUUGGCACCUACAAGUACGGCCAUGUAUCUACAUAGGACAUAGUAGUACUUACCUACAUGUAUUAUCUACACUGAUUAUAAUAUUGAAACCCGUA